GAAAAACAAUGAUAUGGGUUGAUCAGACGUAUGAAAAUAUAAAACACCACAUAGCUCCCGAAAAAGAACUGUAUGUUAUUCUCAUCUCUUUCACAAACCCCCAAUCUCCAGCAAGAAGGCCAUCUCUCUCUGUCUCAUCGAACACUAAUUCGCUCCCAGCCCCACACACGUCACACGUGUGAUCUAUUCAUCAUCAUGAGCUCGUACCCAGUCGUGAAAGGCCUAACCGACGAGGAGCACAAAACCCUCGAACCAGUUAUCAAUACUUACCACCAGUUCGAACCGGACCCAACCACUUGCACUUCUCUCGUAGCCCAAAGAAUCGACGCUCCCGCCUCCAUUGUUUGGCCUCUCAUCCGCAGCUUCGACAACCCACAACGCUACAAACACUUCGUCAAAAGCUGCCGACGCGUGUCGGGCGACGGCGGCGUCGGAAGCGUCCGGGAAGUCACUGUAAUCUCCGGCAUCCCAGCCUCCACCAGCACAGAGCGGCUCGAGUUUCUCGACGACAACCACCGUGUCCUGAGCUUUAGGGUUGUUGGUGGAGAGCACCGGCUUAACAACUACAAAUCGGUGACGUCGGUCAACGAGUUCUUGAAUCAAGAUCCCCGAAGAGUCUACACGGUGGUUCUUGAAUCCUACACGGUUGAUGUUCCCGAGGGGAACACGGUAGAGGACACCAGAAUGUUUGUGGACACUGUCGUCAAACUCAAUCUUCAGAAACUCGGUGUUAUCGCCACUGCUGCACCUACGCAUGAUUGAUUUCAAAAUUUCAUUUCUCCUUUCCCAUAAUUAUUUACUUAAUUUGCGAGUUUUUUUUUUUCUAUUUUAAACUACUGGAAGCAAAUGUUUGUCUGGUUCAUAAGUGAAGGAAAACAAUGUUGCCUAAGGCAUAUCAUUUCUCGUUUGUUUCCAAUAAAUAGCUA